GCGCGAUGGGAGGUUUGAGUACUGGGAUGUGCUGGUGCAGCUGAAGGAGGUCCCGGGGGAGCCGGCGCUACAGACCAACACGUGGAGGCUCAAGGUGGACUCUCGGUCCGUGCCAGCAGUGCUGGCAGCAUUGGCUUGCAUUGUCUCACCCCGCCUCCCCUGGGUCCCUAUUCCCCUCCUUGCCCCUUGCAGGCGUCUCAAGGUGGACUCGCGGUCCGUGCCGGCAGUGCUUGCGGCCUAUAAGGGCCCGCAGAAGGAGGUGGAAACAGUGUACUCGACUUUUGUCGAGGUGCCAUCAGCGAAGCCCCUCCCAGCAGCCUCUACCAUCUCCGGGCGAAUCUUCCUGGAAUGUUCCAUCCUAGCAGCCAUUCUCCAAUCCUUCCUCUCCGCCCUCAUCGCUUCUUCCACCGCCGCCCUUCUCCUGGCCUCCUCCGCCGUACUCUUUAUAGUCCGAUCCGUUUUGUGGCCCCUGGCGAAACCCCUGCUGACGCCUGUGGUCUGGGUUGUAGCGGCUGUAGCGAAGCAGAUAGCCGCAGUGCUUACUGCCACGUGGGCGAGUCUGUUUGCUCCGGGCGGCACCAGUUUGUUUGGAUUCUUGCAGCUACAGCUGGCGGCGAUGUUUGGGAGCGGGGGGAUAGCGAGCGGGGUGACUGGCGCUGCUGCCACUGCAUCAGGAGAUGCUAUUACUGACGUGGCGGUUGACCUGGCGCGGGAUAUUUUUAUCGGGAAGCUGAAGAGUUCGGCCAAGGCUGUGGGGAUGAUGGUGUUUGUGGUGCUGUUUAUGGCAGCUGGGGCGAAGUUCACUCUCAACAGACGCACUAGGGACUACACUAAGUGGGACAUCUGGCAAGCCAUUGAGUUCGGCCAGUCCAAGCCCCAGGCUCGAGUGGAGGGGUCCACGGGAGUCAAGUUUGAGGAUGUGGCAGGCAUUGACGAGACCGUGCAGGAGCUACAGGAGCUCGUGGAAUAUCUGAAGGACCCUCAGCGCUUCAACCUCAUGGGAACGAAGCCCCCACACGGCGUGCUGCUGGAAGGGCCGCCUGGCUGUGGCAAGACGCUGCUGGCUAAGGCCAUAGCAGGCGAGGCAGGCGUGCCAUUCUACCAGAUGGCGGGCUCCGAGUUUGCUGAAGUGCUGGUAGGGGUGGGGGCUGCUCGUGUGCGCGAUCUCUUCAAGCGAGCCAAGGUCAACAAGCCUGCUGUGGUCUUCAUCGAUGAAAUCGACGCCCUUGGAGCUGCCCGGUCGUCAGCAGGGGGGGACGAGGGCGCAGAUGCGGGAGUGACGGAGCGUGAAACAACUCUCAACCAGCUGCUCAUCGAGCUGGACGGCUUCGACACCGGCCAGGGGGUGGUGUUCAUCGGCGCCACCAACCGCAUGGACAUGCUCGAUGCUGCCCUGCUGCGCCCGGGACGGUUCGACAGAAAGAUCACCAUUGUACCGCCAGGCUCCAAGGGCAGGGCGGAGGUGCUGAAGGUGCAUGCCAAGAAGGUCAAGAUGAGCCCCCACGUGGACCUCGACACCAUUGCAGGCAACCUCGCAGGGUGGAGUGGCGCCCAGCUGGCGAAUCUGCUGCAGGAGGCGGCGCUGGUGGCGGUGAGGAGGGGGGCGGGGGAGAUAGAGGACGAGGAUCUCAACACGGCAGCGGACCGCCUCACCCUCGGCACGCCCAGGGAGCGCUGGGGGGCAGAGCAGGGCAAGCACCCGAUGCUGGUGCGGAGAAUGGCGGUGCAUGAGGCGGGGCUGGCACUGACGGCGCUGCUGCUGAUUGAGUAUGACGACGCGCAGGUGGAGCCGCCUCAACGGCUUUCGAUCGUUCCCCGAGGCGAGACCCCCUCGUGGACUGUAUUCAACCGCAUUGAUGAUGAGGCGUACCUUUUCGAGAAGAGACGAACGCUGCUACACCGAUUGCAGGUGAUGCUGGGGGGCCGGGCGGCAGAGGAGGUGGUGUGGGGCCGCGACAGCAGCACGUACAGUCAGCGCCACGUGGCGGAUGCUUCCUGGAUGGCGUACAAGUUUGUCUCCAUAUGGCACAUGGCAGGGAAGGUGCUCCCUCGGGGCAUCCCGCCCGCCUGGAAGCGUCGCAGCACUGCCAGCGGCCCUUCGCUGGGCUUUGAGGGGAGUCUCUACGCUGACUACGGGUUCACGGGGGGGAAGAUCAGCGAUCACGCUGAUGACGUGGCGGCUGACAUGGCGCAUGCUUUGCUGGAUGAAGCGUAUGCUGCCACGUGGCAGCUGCUGGCGGAUCACAAGGCGGCCCUGGUCAAGGCAGUCAAUGUGCUAAUGGCGAAGGGAGAGAUCCAAGGGUCGGAUCUCGAUAUUAUCCUGGAUGCCUAUCCUGCAGGAACACCUGUUCAGGUGGUUGAAACAGAGGCGGCACCUGGGGAACUACCUGAAGCCUUUGCAGGGCAUUCUGGGGACACAGAGAGCGAGGGAGAGGAGGAGGAUGGAAGGAGGAGGAGGAGGAGGGAGGAGGGGGUAGAGUCUGGGCAGGCUGGGCAGGUCGGGCAGGAUAGUGUGAAGACACAGGGGGGUGCUGAAAGUAAUGGAACUUUGGGGAAGCGGAAAUGCGAUGAGACGCUUGGAGCAGGUGACAGUGCUGGUGAUGUGGGGGAGACUGGGGAUGGUCUUACAUUGGUGCGGCCUAAUGGUAAGCAGACAGGGGCAGAGUAG